AUGGGGAAGAGGAAGUCGAGGAGCUCCAAGGUGGCGGCGCAGCCGAAGAAGGCACCCAAGCUGGAGAAACUGGACGUGGAGUUCACCUGCCCGUUCUGCGGCCACCCCGAGGCCGUCGCCUGCCGCAUCGACCUCAAGGACAGGAUCGCCGAGGCGUCGUGCCGCAUCUGCAGCGAGACCUACUUCACCAGCGCCAACGCGCUCACGGAGCCCGUCGACAUCUACAGCGAGUGGAUUGACGCUUGCGAGCUCGCCAACGAGGGCGUCGUCGACCGCCGCUGCCAGCCGCGCCUGGUUGACGCCGCCUGA